CUCGCUUCAUGUUUGAACCAAGGAUGCGUGCGAGUCCACCUCCAGUCCAGGUGGUGGCAGUAAUUUGCCUGAAAAUUCAAAAUAGGCGCGGCAAACUGCGGUGGAAGUGAAGAGGAGAGCAGCACAGCCACUGUCUGAGCAGUCAGCAGCAAUGGACCUGAAACAGUUUGAAGCGGACAACUCUGGCAGCUGCAGGCUGGCCUCUCGGAUUCCUGAUGUGUGCAGGACGGAGGACUGCUGCCUGGGAGUGGAUGAGGCAGGCAGAGGUCCUGUACUCGGACCGAUGGUGUAUGGGAUUUGUUUUUGUCCUGUUUCAAAAAAGGAGGAGCUGAAGGAUCUGAAAGUAGCAGAUUCAAAGACACUAAAUGAGGCUGAAAGAGAGAAUCUGUUCCAAAAACUGGAUGAAGCACAAAGCUACGUAGGCUGGGCUUUGCAGAUUCUUUCGCCCAACAUGAUCUCCACCAGCAUGUUGCAAAGGACAAAAUACAACCUGAAUGCCCUGUCACAUGAUACAGCCAUUUGUCUGAUUCAGUAUGCCUUGGACAGUGGAGUACAGCUUAAAGAGGUGUACGUGGACACAGUCGGACCAGCAGAGAAGUAUGAGAAGAAGCUGUCCCAGCUUUUCCCUGGUAUCCAGGUGACUGUGAGGCCUAAAGCCGACUCCCUCUUUCCUGUUGUCAGCGCGGCCAGCAUCUGUGCAAAGGUUGCCAGAGAUCACGUUGUGAAAGGCUGGAACUUUGCAGAAGACCUGGGGGAGAUAGAUACAGAUUAUGGCUCAGGGUAUCCCAAUGACCCCAAAACUAAAGAAUGGCUGCUGAAGUACCUGGACCCUGUGUUUGGUUAUCCUCAGUUUGUCAGAUUCAGCUGGAGCACAGCUCAGACUCUCAUGGACAGCAAGGCAGCGCCUGUACACUGGGAUGAUGAUGAAGAGGAUGGGGAGAAGGCGGCUCAGCAGCAGAACAACCGUUCCAUGUUGUCUUACUUUAGCGCAUCAGCAGAAGGCGACAGAGCUCAGCCGACACACCGUUUCUUCUCGGAGAGGAGGCUGAAGAGUUUAAAGUCACUCUGAAAGGGCAUCAGAACAUGUGACUCAUCCUGGACAUUAGAGGCUCAUUUGGAGAAUAUUCUCCAGCAGCACAAACAACUAAGAUGUUCAGAGUGUGAAAAAUCAUCAUUGGCUGAUAUAUUCGUGAUCUAAACUGCAAUCUUUGAUAUUAUUUUAAUAAAUAAAAUAAUGUGUUAAACAUG